AUGCAUCAACUAUCUGUUUUAAUUACGACAUUGUUGAUUGUGAGUGCGUCAAUAAAUGCAGGACCCGUCUUACGUGAUGGUCUUCCAUCAAGAUAUCACGUUAGCGGUGUGAUUCAAUUGCCUUAUGCAGAAAUCAAUGAACCAUUUGAAUCAUGGAUUGAUGUUGAAGCUGGAUUCUCACGUAUUGAUUACUAUGGUGGUGCUGCAAAAACUGUUCAACGAAAAGGACGCGGUCAAGAUUAUGGAGCUAAUUAUAAAAUUGUACCUAUGUCUGAUGAACAAGUUUUAAAUAAAAUCAGUUGUUUUCAAUCUAAUGGUUCACAGGCAGAUGUAGUUGAUGUACAACACACACUGCCCGAUGUAUCUACAUUUCAAGAUAUGGGUGCAGCUGAAUGGCGUGGAAUAAAAUGUGAAAUGUAUCAAACUAUUGAUCAAGUAGGCGAUAAAAAAUCAACGUAUACUUAUUAUAUCGAUGUUGCUUCCAAACAUCCAGUUCACUAUGAAAUGUUUGGUUAUGAUUCGUUGAUUGGUUCUCAUUUUGAUAAAUAUACAAUUGAUUAUUAUAAUUAUGAUGAAGAACCAAUUGAUCCAACUGUAUUUCAUGUUACCGACGGCAUGACAUGCACCGGAUUUCCUGGUCCAGGCCUUGAACACACAACGCCACGUGUUUUAUUUAAUCCUAUGAGUGAAUAUAUCAAUCGUCAUAGUGCAGAUUAUAUCGAAUCAUCAUUUGAACAAUUCAAAAAGAAUCACGAACAUAAAUAUGACAGUGAACUUGAACAUCGUCAGCGUAUGAAAAUCUUUCGACAAAAUGUUCGCUAUAUAAAUACACGUAAUCGUGCAGCAUUACCAUAUAAAAUGAAAUUAAAUAAGUUUGCUGAUCGAACUGAUGAUGAAUUACGCGUUCUUCGUGGUCGUCGUUAUACAAAAGGUUAUAAUGGUGGACUUCCAUUUCCAAAAAAAGAAUUCAUGAGCAGUAAUCGAGCUAUUCCUGACUCAAUUGACUGGCGUAUCAUGGGAGCUGUAACACCAGUUAAAGAUCAAGGUAUUUGCGGUUCAUGCUGGUCAUUUGGCACCACUGGUACUAUUGAAGGUGCUUAUUUUGUUAAACAUGGAACAUCUAUUCGUUUAUCUGAACAAGAUUUAAUUGAUUGUUCAUGGGGAUUUGGUAAUAAUGGCUGUGAUGGUGGAGAAGAUUUCCGUGCUUAUCAAUAUAUAAUGAAACAUGGUGGUGUUGCUUUAGAAGAUGCUUAUGGUCAAUACUUACAGGAAGAUAGUUUUUGUCAUCAUGAUAAUACAACAUUAGGUGCUAAAAUUCUUGGUUAUGUUAAUAUAACUGAAGGUGACGAAGAAGCUUUAAGAAUGGCUAUCGCAACGAAAGGGCCAGUAUCUGUUGCUAUUGAUGCUGCUCAUAAAGGUUUUCUGUUCUAUGCUAGUGGAGUCUUCUAUGAUCCAGAUUGUGGAAGUUCACCUGAUGCUUUAGAUCAUGCAGUACUUGCUGUUGGCUAUGGUAAUUUGAACGGUGAAGAUUACUGGCUCGUAAAAAAUUCUUGGUCAACAUAUUGGGGUAAUGAUGGUUACGUACUUAUGUCACGUAGAAACAAUAACUGUGGUGUCGCAACAGCAGCAACAUACGUUAUGGUUCAAUAA